AUUUGGAUGUGCCCACUUCCAUUCACCACAACAACAAGGAAUGAUUACGCUAGCAGGCUAACUCGCGGCCAGAGUUCGGCACAACACCGGGAAGUCCCCUCUUCAGACAGCCGGAAAAACGGACGAAAUACUUGGAUCAGGAUCGAGCCAAAAGACGCUGCUUCCCGGCUCCUAACCUGCGUGGAUGGGAAGCAGCUAGCUGGUGUUGAGCCGAAGAGGGAAGCAGGCGACGCGGCGUUAAAAUGGAGGAUGAGGAGGUCGCGGAGAGCUGGGAGGAAGCCGCAGACAGCGGGGAAAUAGAGAGAAGACUUGAAGCUCGGCUGAAAAAAAAUCAGGAGGCAAAGAAGGCCAUUUCAAGUUCACCAGUGAGAACUGCCAUUGUAAUCCAGGACGUAUCUCUUCCCUCAGUACCGCCGACGCAAAUUAGAAUUUUAAAGCGUCCGUCAAACAACGGUACUGCAGGGAUUGCCGCCUCCUCAACUCGGCCUUCCCAGCAGAUGAAGUCUUUGGCGCAGCGUGAGGCGGAAUAUGCAGAAGCACGGCGGAGGAUUCUGGGUAGUGCGUCAUCAGAGGAUACCCCUCCGGACAAUUCAUGCCAAGACAGGUCAGUGCGUAUGACUGCUCAGCAAGCGUCGGAACCAGUUCGUCCCAACGAUUACGUGAUCCGCCAGCCAACCGGGCCUGACGGCAGCUCAGGCUUCCGGCUUUGCAGAUAAAAGGGAUCUGCUUGCUUUUUAAGGGUUCAAACCAAGAGCAGUAAAAAAAAAGGGGUGUGUGCGGUGUCAAGAGCAGAGUGGCACAGUAACAUUUGAAACAUGAAGAUAUACACAACAAACUUGUUCACCCGCUCUAUGCUCAGCUGGCUUGGUCUUUGCCGUCUGCCUUGUCUUAUCCCUCCAUGGAACGAUGAGUGCCGCAUCCCCCACAGCCUGUUCCACACUGUGAAGGAGGCUUUUGGCCUAACGUCCCAAAACACUGUGAUACUUUGCUAUACCACGAGGUGCCCUUUGAAUCCUACUCUCGUUGAGAGGCCAGUGCGCCGGACGUCAGGUGUCAGUCCCCUCAAGGCGAAUAAGUGAGUCAGGGAUUGUCCCCAGAGAAAACAGAGGAGCCGAGCUUCCCGCUGAACACGUAAGUUAAAAGAGGAGUCGGCCGAGGCUGCGUGCCCUCCUGUAAGGCGGCGGUGUUUGGAUUGAGUAAUUUGAGUGUGAGGCGAUAGAUGGAAUGUCAUCCUGUUGUCCCCUUUUGAGGCGUCACAGGCCCAAACUGGGCCUAUUGGGCACAGGCAGCUGGCCAUCUGUCACUGCAGCCUGUGGCUAAAGAUAAAAGUUUGGAAGAAUAGCGUGUCAUUAAUAUUCAAGCAAUAACAAAUGUACAACUCCCUCCUUUUUUUCAAUCGCCCCAUUUUCUGUGUUCAAGUCUGUGUUUUUGUUUCUUUUAUAUUGUGAAAAGGUUUAUAUUUUUUGUCUUUAAGAGGAAGGUUAAAGUGAAACUAGUCAAUUUGUUAGCAAAUUAAGACUAAAUUAUGUAACGUGCAUUUCAACCUGGGAAUUAUUGUGUCUGACUUAAAAAUGAUUUUAAAGUCCAAUUGCGGAACUGAAGUGCGUUGUCUUUGCUUUAUCAGCAUAAAGUUGUCAUUCAUUCGUUCUUUUUUUCUUUUCUUUUAAUGACAAUAUGCCAGGGCUGGUGAAUGAAUAAAAAGUGACUUGUUGCCUAAGCCAGGGGUUCUUAACCUUUUUGACCUCAGGGCCCAACUUUUCCACUGCAGAGGGGCCUUGCACCCUCUCAAAUAUUACCACUGAAUUAUUAAUCUUACUCUUGAUCGUAUUCAAUAACUUUUUUAUUCUAAUUACAGUUAAGCAAGCUAUACAUUGUCAAAAGAAGGCUCAUGUCAGGCUGAUUGUGAAAAUAAUUUUAAUGUAUCUUGAAAGAAAGCACUCAUCAAAGGGGAUGCUUUUUUUUUUUUUUUACAUACAAUUAUUAUGUGCUAAAAUAAAUGAAUCCAUCUUUUUUCUACUGCUUGUCCGCUUGGGGGUGGCUGGAGCCUUUACCAGCUGCAUUUGGGCAGAAGGCAGCGUACACUCUGGACAAGUCGUUACCUCAACACAUGGGCCAAUUUAGUGUUACUAAUCAACCUAUCUCAAGGUGGAUGUCUUUGGAGGUGGGAGGAAGCCAGAGUACCCGGAGGGAACACAUCUAGUCAUCGGGAGAACUCCACACACAAAGACCGAGCAUCCAUCGAUCCAUUUUCUACCGCGUGUCCCUUUUGGAGUUGCGGGUGGUGCUGGAGCCUAUCUCAGCUGCAUUCGGGUGGUAGGUGGGGUACACCCUGGACAAGUCACCACACCUCAUCGCAGAGCCAACACAAAUAGGCAGCAUUCACACACGAGGGCCAAUUUAGUGUUGCCAAUCAACCUAUCUCAAGGUGGACGUCUUUGGAGGUGGGAGGAAGCCGGAGUACCCGGAGGGAACACACACAGUCAUAGGGAGAACUCCACCCCGAGCAUGUGUUUCUUAAAUAAACUGUCAAUAAAAUUAAAAGUGCAAAUGAAAAUGCAGCUUCACCACUAUAGUCAUAAUUUGUAUUUUUUAUUUUUUUGGUCUUUGGUCAGAUAUUUUUUGGUGGCUUAGGGUAGUCAUUCUCAAACUUUUCUCAACUCAAUAAAUACUAAAUACUGUUACUGUUCAAACUGUGUGCGUUGUUACAGUGGCCAACAUUAUUCAAUAUACUUGUCAAAUAAAACCUCUGACUUGUUUUUAAUGGAGGUUUAGGCCCACUACGCUACUAUAUGUUGGUCAUUUUGGUGGUACUUGGAGAGCCAGUGUUUUCUGAUGUGGUGAAAGAAGUUUGAGAACCACUACUCGGGGGGUGGGGGGGUGCUUUCGGCCCAACAAUGGGCCCAGUUCUAUGGUUAAGAAACACUGGCUUAAGCAACCCAAGAAAAGAGGAUACAGUAUAGGAUAUAGUCGUUUUGUAGCUUUGGGAAUAUUGUUCAAUCUAACUCUGCUGUUUUGUUAAAUAUGUACACAUUAUCACACUGUUGUCUAAUUUCCGGAACUCAUAACACAAGUUUAUGAAUCUUCCCAAUCAGUUUUCUCAUCAGCCUGUCAUUCAGAGCCUGAAAUAAAAUGAUGCAGUAAUUUCCUAUA